GUAUAAAAUAAGGUGAGACAGAUGUAAAAUUAUUGUGAGGAAAGAGACGACAGAAGCUGGUGAACUACAAUGGUCAAAUCAGGAUCUAUUGGCGUUCUGUUGAUGGCUCUCCUUUUUGGGAGUGGAGACUUCUUAAAAAUGGAGAGAGGCCGUACAAAUGUCACUGAGCAAUGUUCUAUGCCUAAACCGUGUAAUGUGUACGGCUUCACUAACUGGUACAAAGUGGGCAGUGUCUGUGUCAAAUACUUCAACAGUCCUCUCAACUUUACUCAGGCUGAGUUCAGCUGUAGGACCAAAGCCCCUGGGGCACACCUGGUGUCAGUGCAUAAAAAAGAGCAUAAUGAUAAACUGCUCUGCAUUGUGAAAAAAUUCAACCCAAAUAACCUGCGCAUCUGGCUUGGAGCUUUUGAACUUUUUAAGUCUGGUCAAUUUCUUUGGCUUGAUGGAUCCUACUGGGAUUAUGAAAUCUGGACACGUGGUGAACCCAACCAUAUGUACACCAGCACAGAGGAAUGUGUGGAGAUGAACUGGAAAGAGAUUGGCAAAUGGAAUGACGACAGUUGUGAUGUCAAGAAAAACUACAUAUGUGCCUUUAAACUAAAUGGCAUCUUGAAACCAGGUUUUGAGGAGAUGGAGUAGUUUUAUCUGGGUACUGACCCAUAAAACCUUCUGCAUAAAAUGAUAUUCUCUGCAUCAAAAAAAAAAAACUUACAAUAAAAAUAAAUAAAAAAUAAUUAAUCAAAUAGCUUUAAAACGCUAAUAAAGAAUGUUGACAAUCAAAA